GCGCCCGGUUCAGGCUUACGGCCGGGGAUUCCUUCGGCGCGCUGCCGGCCUUCCCGCGAAUAUCGGCUACCUGCGGGGCUGGAGACAGCCUUGGAUGCGGAGGCGAGGCUCUGAGGAGAAUUUGGAAUCGAGUGAGUUUUCUGACGUACUUGAACGCAACACACAGAGGUAGCUGCGGAGAAACCUGGUCUAGGGGACCUCUACUGGGCAUCAGAAUGAGUCCUGCGGAUGCACCUGAUGAUGAAAAUACAUUUAAAAUAUUAGUUGCAACUGAUAUUCAUCUUGGAUUUAUGGAGAAAGAUGCAGUGAGAGGAAAUGAUACAUUUGUCACACUCGAUGAAAUUUUAAGACUUGCCCAGGAAAAUGAAGUAGAUUUUAUUUUGUUAGGUGGUGAUCUUUUCCAUGAAAAUAAGCCCUCAAGAAAAACAUUACAUACUUGCCUGGAGUUACUUAGAAAAUAUUGCAUGGGUGAUCGUCCAGUACAGUUUGAAAUCAUCAGUGAUCAGUCAGUCAACUUUGGUUUUAGUAAAUUUCCAUGGGUGAACUACCAAGAUGGCAACCUCAACAUUUCAAUUCCAGUGUUUAGUAUUCAUGGCAAUCAUGAUGAUCCCACUGGGACAGAUGCACUGUGUGCCCUGGAUAUUUUAAGUUGUGCAGGAUUUAUAAAUCACUUUGGACGGUCAAUGUCUGUUGAGAAGAUAGAUAUUAGUCCAAUUUUGCUUCAAAAAGGAAGCACAAAAGUUGCUCUCUAUGGUCUAGGAUCUAUUCCAGAUGAAAGGCUCUAUCGGAUGUUUGUCAAUAAAAAAGUAACAAUGUUGAGACCCAAAGAAGACGAGAACUCCUGGUUUAACUUACUUGUGCUUCAUCAGAACAGGAGUAAACAUGGAAGUACUAACUUCAUUCCAGAACAGUUUUUGGACGACUUCAUUGAUCUUGUUAUCUGGGGCCAUGAGCAUGAAUGUAAAAUAGCGCCAACCAAAAAUGAGCAACAGCUCUUUUAUGUAUCACAGCCUGGAAGCUCAGUGGUUACUUCUCUUUCCCCAGGUGAAGCUGUGAAGAAACAUGUUGGCUUGCUGCAUAUUAAAGGGAGAAAAAUGAAUAUGCACAAAAUUGCUCUUCAGACAGUGAGACAGUUUUUUAUGGAAGAUGUUGUUCUGGCUAAUCAUCCAAACAUUUUUAACCCGGACAAUCCCAAAGUAACCCAAGUCAUACAGAGCUUCUGUGUGGAAAAGAUUGAAGAAAUACUUGAAAAGGCCGAGCGGGAACGUUUGGGAAAUUCUCAACAGCCAGAGAAGCCUCUUAUACGACUGCGAGUGAAUUAUAGUGGAGGAUUUGAGCCUUUCAGCAUUCAUCGUUUUAGCCAGAAAUUUGUGGAUCGGGUAGCAAAUCCUAAAGACAUUAUCCAUUUUUUCAGGCAUAAGGAACAAAAGGAAAAAACAGGAGAAGAAAUUAACUUUGGGAAUCUUAUCACAAAGCCUUCAGAAGGAACAACUCUUAGGGUAGAGGACCUUGUAAAACAGUAUUUUCAAACUGCAGAAAAGAAUGUCCAACUUUCACUACUGACAGAAAGAGGGAUGGGUGAAGCCGUACAAGAAUUUGUAGAUAAGGAAGAAAAAGAUGCCAUUGAGGAGUUAGUGAAAUACCAGCUGGAAAAAACACAGAGAUUUCUUAAAGAACGUCGUAUUGAUGCCUUAGAAGAUAAAAUUGAUGAAGAGGUACGCCGUUUCAGAGAAAGCAGGCAAAAAAAUACCAGUGAAGAAGAUGAUGAAGUUCGAGAGGCUAUGAGCAGAGCCCGGGCGCUGAGAUCCCAGUCGGAGGACUCUGCUUCUGCCUUCAGUGCUGAUGACUUCAUGAGUAUUGAUCUUGCUGAACAGACAGCAAAUGACUCUGAUGACAGCAUUUCAGCAGCACCCAGUAGAGGGAGAGGCCGAGGUCGAGGGCAAAGAAGAGGCCGAGGGCAGAACUCAGCCCCACGAGGAGGAUCUCAGAGAGGUAGAGGCACUGGUCCGAGCACUUCUGCACGGAGUAGGAGCUCACGGACUGCUGUGUCUGCCUGCAGAAAUAUGUCUAUCCUAGACGCUUUUAAACCUUCAAGGCAGCAGCCCUCCCGUAAUGUUGCUACUAAGAAUUAUUCAGAGGCAAUUGAGGUUAACCCCACUAUCUUUCUGAAUAUCAUACAUGUUAGAUGUAACAUGGAACAGGUGUUCCGGCAUAUCAUCCGGCAAGCAACUGUCCCAGAGUCACACAGCCAAGGGGGUUGA